AUGUCUACUUUCAUCCCCAAAGAACUCAAAGACAUCACGAGUGAAGUCGCAGCCAUUCUCAUCGAGCGCAAAGAGACCAUUGCCGUAGCCGAGACAGCAGCGGGCGGUUUAAUAUCUGCGGCCCUUCUCGCGAUCCCAGGUGCGAGUGGCUACUAUUAUGGAGGAUUAACGCUCUACACUCUGGCAGCCCGGAUCGCCUACGCUGGUUGGACCCAGGAAUCCGUAAAAGACUACAAAGGGCCGACUCCUGAAAUUGUCGCGGGCUUGGCAGAUCAUACACGACGGACACUCGGGUCGACCUAUGUGGUGUCGGAAAGUGGUACUGCUGGACCGACAGGUGGACAGUCGAAGAACAGGACGACAGGUUACGUUGCCUUGGCUGUGAGCUCGGAGAAGGGGACCGCUACCAAGGAACUCAACACGGGCUUGGGUGGUGAUCGAGAGGCAAACAUGGUCGCGUUUGCGAUCGAAGCCAUGAGACUUGUCAAGGAGGUGUUGAAGGGAGAAGCCAAGUUGUAG